CCAGUACUUACAAAGCCACACCCUUCCACACGUGCGACCAUGUUCAGCCGUUUGAGAGUUUUUAACGGUAGAACCUGCUCUCCACUGGUGUUCUCUAGGUUCUCAGGGAGUUCUAAUGGCGGGGAGUAUCCAAGAGAGCUCCUCUCAGUCCCCGUCUCUCCUCCUCUCCCUCCUCUAUUUCAAAAAGAUGGAUCUCCCCUAGUGUUUAAAGAAGGAAUGCAAGGAGAGACCGAGAUUACUCAACUAUCCAAUGGCCUGAGAGUAGCCUCCCAGUCUUCAUUCGGGCAAUACAGCACAAUUGGAGUUUUUAUUGAUGCUGGAUCUCGUUAUGAAGUUGAUUAUAAAAGUGGAGUCUCUCAGUUCCUAUCGAAAAUGGCAUACCAAAGUACUUCAAGGUUCAGUUCUCGUGACAGUCUCCUCCUUGAGUUGGAGCAAUAUGGAGGUCUCCCUGACUUCCAGUGUUUCCGUGACAUCAUGUUCUAUAGCGUCUCCGUUUUCUCUUACUCCAUUCCACUCGUAAUGUCAAUAUUAUCCGAUGUAAUAUGGAGACCGCAGCUGCUAGAAAGAGAGUUAGAAGAGUCAAGACAGGCUAUUCUUUUUGAAUGGGAGGACCAUCAGAACAGGCCGCAGCCUGAAGCACUGUUAAUGGAUCUGGUACAUCAAGCAGCAUACAGGAACAACACACUGGGCCUACCUAGCAUUAGUAACAGCAAUAGAGCUAAUGAAAUGACAUUAUCGGAGCUUAAACGUUUUAUUGCUUCACAUUACAUUCCCAGUCGUAUGGUUCUGGUUGGUGUCAACGUCGACCACACCCAACUAGUGGAACUAGCCGAAGAACACUUUGUGAAUCCUAAGACCAGCUGGAGCGACGUUGCUAGCAGUGAAGUGGAUGGAUCCAUAUCCCAAUACACAGGAGGAAUUAUUGAGGUUCCUCGUGAAAGUGCUCCAAUAAUUGGUCCUAAUCCUCUUCCCGAACUCACACAUGUUGCCGUGGCGAUGGAAAGCUCCUCCUACAGCGAAAACGACUUUUACACCUUUGCUGUCCUUAAUUCAUUAAUGGGAGGGGGCGGGUCUUUCUCUGCCGGUGGUCCUGGUAAAGGAAUGUAUACCCAGCUGUACUUGAACGUACUAAACAAGCAUCAUUGGAUCUAUCAUGCACAAGCUAUAAACCACGCCUACUCUGAUACUGGGAUAUUCUGUCUGUUUGGUAGCUCGCAUCCAUCAAUGUCCAGGAAGCUUGUUGAAGUCUUGUGUCAACAGUUUUAUAGCAUGACCCAAAGUCCUAAUCCAAUUGCUGUAGCAAGAGCAAAGAAACAGCUCCAAUCAACACUACUGAUGAACCUUGAGUCAAGACUUAUCAACUUUGAAGAUAUCGGAAGGCAAGUAUUAGCUCAUUCUAAAAGAUUAUCAGCUAAACAAAUUUGUGAUAAAAUAGAUGCUGUCACGUCAGAUGACAUUGUUCGUGUUUCUAAAGAAAUAUACAAUAAAUCCCAGCCAGCUGUUGCUUAUUUAGGUGAUCUCUCUAACGUCCCAAAACUAAAGGAGGUGGAGUCUGCUCUAAGGACUGAUAAUGGCAGUUUCCUGAACCGAGUAUUUUCAUUUAGAUGACGGCAAAUUAGCGGGAAAAGUGAGGGAUGUAGUGCAGCUGGAAUAAUAGGAUGAGACUCAUUUAUUGUAAAAUUAUUUUAAUGAUAAAGAAAUUUACAGAAAGUGAAAAUAAAAUCUACUGUGCUUUGAAUCAUGUUUGUUUCAAUUUAAAAUUCAACAUGUAUGCUAACAG